AACCGAUCGCCCCGACUGUUCCCACAACCAGUUCCAAGCGAGCUCUCGAGCGGUAUAGUCGUCGCCGUACCACAUAUAACACCAUCGUAUCAUAGCUCCCCGGAUCCACUCAAUCCCUCCACUCCCAAAGUUUCUGUGCAUUCAAGUGCAACUAAAAUUAGUAGCCGUUUCUUUUGUUUUGCUUUGUGUUUUUUGCAAAACAACAAUUUGAAGGCAAUUUACAUACACGAAGCUGAGAAAGAAAACCGCCAAAAUUGGUUACCUAACGAAAACUUCGUUUGUGCUACGGGACGGCAAACUUAGUUGUAUCGCCAUCAAGAACCUCUGCAUCUCAUCCUACCCCAAAUUCCCUGCAUUAUUCUCCUCGCAUCAAUUUCCUCUGGGUGCUCUUCACCUGUAAACAAAAGAAGACGAUAUGGGCUUCAGUUCGCGAAUGGACUGCUGCGGGCAGUUCGUCAAGUACAGUCUUUUCAUAGCCAACUUUGUGAUAUUCGUGGGUGGAGCCAUUGUGUUUUGUCUCACCCUGUGGACUCUGGUGGAUCGCAGUUUCGUCAAUGAGCUGCUCGGUACGAAUCUUUUCUCGGGUGCUGUCUACGUCCUGCUGGUUACAUCGAUUAUCAUUUGCCUGGUGUCCUUUUUGGGUUGUGUUGGAGCUGGAAAAGAAGUCAAAUGCCUCCUCCUAACAUAUUUCAUAAUAGUGGCCCUAGUUUUCGUCACCAUGCUAAUUGGCGGUGUCUUGGGUUACGUGUUCCGCGAACGAGUUCAGCAGACCAUGCGGCAGGAAAUGCGAUCUACGAUGGCCCUAUACGGAAGCAGGAGGGAGAUCACGCAGGCCUGGGAUUUGACCCAGGAGCGACUACAGUGCUGCGGAGUGGAUACGUGGCACGACUGGAAUAGGUACGGACCAGUGCCCGAGUCCUGCUGCCAGGAGCUUUUCGGUGGCCAGCGCAAGGAGUGCACCAUCUUCCCGACCAUUACCAAUCUGUACAACCAGGGAUGCCUCUAUGUUACGACCAACUUCAUCAGGGAUCACGCGGCGGUUAUUGGAGGUACAUCCAUAGCGGUGGCCAUACUGAUGAUCUUUGGCAUGAUAUUCUCCUGUCUACUAUUCAAUAUGAUCGAAUAGCGCCAACGAGGAGGGAAAUCCCAUGGUCACGCAGGAAACUCAGAUACCAAGGUUCACAGUCCGGAAGAAACCCAUUUUUAAACUUACUUCGCUGGAGUUAAAUUAAGAGUAUUAUCCGAGUGUAUGAUUGUAUUAUGCUUGUAUUAUGUAUUGUAUGUAUAUACGUGUUUAGAUACGCAUAACUAGUGAGUAUUAAACUUAGUAGGGAUUCUAUUGUUAUUAUCUGUUGCAUAAAUUUGUAUUAUUUUUAUGAAGUUUUGUAAAUUUCGUCUUAAGCCACCGUUAUCAACAAACCAUUACAAUUGCUAGUUUUAAGUGAGCUUUUCAAUUCUUUAUAGAGAAUUUAGAUGUCUGUCCAUUGUUGUUUCCAAUAAAAUUAGUUAAAACCAAA